AUGAGCUGUGCUAUUUCUUAUUACCUCCUGUUUGUUUUUCCAGGCUGCAGACUCUUGGCUGUGGAGCUGACAUCUAGCAACACCAAGCCUGUGGUGCAGGAAUUCCAGAGUGUUGAGCUGUCCUGCAUCAUUAAAUCCACAGUGACGCCAGAUCCCAGAAUCGAGUGGAAGAAAAUCCGAGAUGGAGAAACCUCUUAUGUGUUUUUUGGCAACAAAAUGCAGGGAGACUUUGUGACUCGGGCAGAGAUUCUGAGCAGGACAUCCCUGGUGAUUAAGAACACCACCAGGAUGGACACGGCCACUUACCGCUGCGAGGUGGCCGCGCCCUCGGACACCAAAACCAUCGACGAGAUCAACAUCCAGCUCACAGUCCAAGUGAAACCCAUGACUCCCAGAUGCUCUGUGCCUAAAGCUGUCCCUGUUGGCAAGUCAGCCUCUCUUCACUGCCACGAGAACGAGGGUUUCCCCAAGUCCACCUACAGCUGGUACCGCAACAGCGAACCUCUGUCACCCGACAGCAAAUCCAGCAAAUCCCACAACUCCUCCUACACCCUGAACCCUGCCACAGGCACUCUGGUUUUCCAUGCAGUGCACAAAGGUGACACAGGUCGUUACUCCUGCAUAGCAACAAACGAUGCUGGCUUUGCCAAGUGUGAGGAGCAGGAGAUGGAAGUCUAUGACCUCAAUAUCGGUGGGAUAAUCGGGGGAGUCCUGGUGGUCCUUGCAGUCCUGGUGCUCAUCACUCUUGGGAUCUGCUGUGCCUACAGAAGGGGAUACUUUGCAAAUGGCAAAGAGAGUGGGGAAAGCUACAAGACUCCAGCAAAGCCUGAUGGCGUUAACUAUAUCCGGACAGAUGAUGAGGGUGACUUCAGACACAAGUCUUCAUUUGUCAUCUAA